AUGGAGCACCAACCAGAGCAAGAGUCGGAGCAUCAGCCAGAUUACGACCCAGAGCACCGGUCCGAGCAAAGCCAACAAGCAGACGCGAGAUACUCGGCUCAACCCCCGACUGCUGAGGAUAUUCUGGAAGCAGCCAAGUCUACCGACAGGGACCAACUGCUCCGGCUAUUGGACCAUAAUGGCGCAGAUAUCAACAUCAAGAGUCAAGAUGGGCUGACCGCGCUACAUCUUGCCAUCUUGUCGCGCGACCUAGUCGCCAUGGAGACGUUACUGGAGGUUGGCUCUGAUAUCGAAGCUCAAGCACCGGGCGAGACUUGGCCUCUUCUCAUGGCAACCAAGUCAGGUGAUGUAGACAUGGUGACUACUUUGCUCAAACACAGUGGAAACCUUGCUCCCAAUUAUCUGGGAAUACAGUCGCUGAGCAGAGCUAUUUUGGAUGGGGAUAUCGAACUUGCUCGCAUACUCAUAGACUAUGGCACAGAGACAUAUGGGGAAGAAUUUGAUUUGAACGAACUUCUCUCCGACGCUGUUCUCACUACCCCUAGCCGUGUAGGCACCAUCAAGCUACUCCUCGAUCGUGGAGCUGACCCCGAUUGGUUCUACAACAACUUCGCAACAGUGUUGCACUCUGCUUCAGCCAAGGGUGACCUAGGGACAAUGAAGACGCUAUUAGAUGCAGGAGGCAAGGUAGAUAUACGCGAUUUCAAUGGAGCGACUCCCUUAUUUGAGACGGUGGCUUUGGAUGACCUGGCACCCGCAAGACUGCUAUUGCAGCAUGGCGCAAAUACCCACAUCUGGAACUCAGACGGCAAAUCAGUUAUCGACUUGGCUGAGUCUCACCCCGAAAUGCUAGAGCUCUUGCAGACCGAUACCGUCUUUCAGGGACCGAGGAUGAAACCAAACAUGAACGAGCAGCCCGAGGAGUCAUUUACUAUGCUCCGGCCAGCUCUUCCACCAACUUGGGGAGAAAGAGCCAAGUUAGUCGCGUGCCAUGGAUUUGAUGCUACCAUUGUCGACUUCUUCACAGGAGGUGAGCGUGAACAGAUGAUUCCAAAGAGAGCUUCUGUGCAUGAGCUUCUAUAUAGCCAUGGGCCCGAGGCUAUUCGAAGCCAGUUAGAUGGUAGACGACCCGAUUUCACUUGGUAUCAUCUACCAAGCAAUAAUACCCUUAUCAGACGUCUUGCAGCAGAGAAAGGCACAAUAUCCAAAGAGAUGUACGAGGAUACAAAGGAAGAACUUGAGCUACCACAUUCCGAAAACCAGAAAUCAAGACCAUCAGCGGGGCCGCUGUCGACACUUAGACCACAGUGUCGCCGAGUUCUCAGUCAUAUAGUCACCUCGCCUGAAAAUGGAAGCGACGAUUGCAUUGUUUCGUUUGUUCCUUUUCUGCACGCCGAAACUUAUGGAGGAUAUGAGCGUAUGGCGAAAGCUAUGAAAAGAACUUGGAAACGGAAUAGGGAUCGUUUUGUCAUUAGACUGGGAGCAGGGCAUCGGCAAGGGCCUUCAAUUGAGAACCCAACAUCCCCUCCUACGAGGAUGGGCCUUUUGGGUCAUGCAAGAUCUGGCUGGAUGGAACAACUGAAGGAAAUGCUGACCGGGCGCCCAGCGAAUCUCCGCCCACACACAGAAUCUAGUGGGACAGUUUCAAACGGACAAAACGUAUCAGGGGGGCCCGAAAUGAACAGGUCCACGGCUAACGUACGAAUCACUGAAGACGGGAAUGAAGAACGUGGAGUAUCGGAAAAUGCUGUAUACCCUCCAGGUUCUCCGGCAAAGAUCUCAAACGAGGUGAAUCGAGAACUGGUCAACUCAUUUCAAGAUGAGAGACUUUCGAUCCCUUCCAAUGAUAAGGGAUCAGACAAGGCUGCUUCUCAGAUCCCCAAGUCACUAACCCGCGAGACUAACAAGCCAGCUACCCCGAAAUCUCAGGAAAUUUUAGAUGACAAUGGAAAAACCUCGAGAUCAAACAAAAGCGUUCCUGCAAUGGAACCAGGUCAAAUGUCCUCAAUGGCCAAUCGGCAAUUGGAUGCAGCUGGAACUAGAAAGACGGAAAAAGAGAGGAUCCCCCCUCCAACCAAGAAUUUGAAUGAGCAUCUAAUCAAAGGAUAUUAUAAGCCCGGAACGCUGGGAGUUCAGCCUCGGCGCACCCUGGAUCAGUAUGUCUACGCUGACAGGGAGACUCUGGCACACCGCGAUGAUGACCAAGUGGUGUAUCGAUAUACGAAAGAGCAUCCUUCAGUAGGCCCCCCCAGAAUUUUCAUGGUGGACCAACUGUGGCUCUGGAUACUUGGAAAAGGUGCGCUAUGA